AUGAAGAACGAUCUUGACAAAUGGACAUUGCACAGGGAUGGAGGUAGGAGAUGGGGAAUGCUGACAACAAAUAGUUUUGAGUCAUUCAAUGGUCUUCUUAAGUUAGCCAAGGGCCUUCCAGUUACUGCAAUGGUAAGACUCACUUACAAUCAGAUUGUGAACCGAUUUGUUACAAGAUCAAAAUUUGUCAAUCAGCUAGUACAACAAAAGCAACAAUGGAUGCCUAAACCAUUCAAGAUUUUUGAGGAUAAUCGAAAAAAGUCACAGCGUCACACACUUAUCAACUAUCACCAACAAAGGGAAAACAUAUUUGAGGUCCAGACACAUAUGCAUCAUGGCCGUGGUGGUAAUAAGCACAUUGUAAAUGCAUCACAAGGAAAAUGUCAAUGUGGUAAAUGGCAAUCAUACCAAAUUCCGUGUUCUCAUGCAAUAAAGGGAUUUGAUCAAAUUGGGUAUCAAGCAUGGGAGCAUAUGGCACCAGAAUUCUUCGUGCGUAGCUACAAAAAAGCUUACUCUGGACAAUUCAAUCCACUCGGCGAUGAAAAGUAUUGGCUUGAUAGCCCUUUUCUUAUGAUAGCAAAUAAAAAAUAUUUACGAAAAGUGGGCGUAAAUAAAAUCACCCGUAUACAUAAUGAAAUGGAUGUUCCCGCAAGUACACUCACUCUCAAGUGCUCAAUGUGCAAACAAAUAGGCCAUGAUAGGCGCAACUGUCCUUCACGAGCUCGAAACGCCUCAUAUGGUGGUAGUAGCUAA